ACAGUCACUCUAAGAACACAAUGCAAUCUACAAACAUCCUAUCAUUUCUCUUGAUAUGCAUAGUUAUCACAGCAUCAACUAGUUGUGCAAUAGCUUGUGACGAUUCCGACGAUGACCUAUCGGAUAGCCAGGUUUCCGAAGUUUCGUCAACUCCAGAUUACAGCAUCGAGUCCAUCUACGUGGAAUGCAACGAUUCAUUCAUAACGACGAUGGAAUACUUGGAGACACUAAACCAAACCGGACGUUUCCCCGAAGAGUCGGACAAAACACCUUUGUGCUUCCUCCGUUGUUUCCUACACAAGAGCGGGAUCUAUGACGAAAUGGAGAACGUCAUCGGUGAAAGGGCCGUCGAGAUUGGUUGGGUAGACAGUGAGCAAACUAUUGACGAGUGCAUGGAGCAAAUGGUUGGAAGUCCGUGUCAAAAGGCGUACCAAUUGGUACGAUGUGUCACAGAGCACAACCUGAAGAGACCUUCCGAUUGAAGACAAUGGAUGUGAUAUAUUUUAGGAACAACUGUAGUCGAUUUGUAAAUAUAUUAAGUAAAAAUAAGGUAAUUCAACUACUA